AGUUGGUUGCAAGCAUUAAAAGCCGAAUCAAUUGUCAUUGAAUUUUCUCAUCGUUUGCAUUGCGGAAAGUACCUACGACUUGAGUCUUUUUACUUAAUAAUUAUUUUACAAAAAAAAAAAAAAAACUAAAAAAGUUAUCAAAGAUAAAAUUGUUAAAUUUUGUGACAAUUGAUUUGAAAAUUAAAAUCGUUAUACUCAAAUAAUUAAUUAUACAUAUUUUUAAAAAAAGCGUGAAAAUAUUAUCAUUCAACCCAGACAAAUCUUCCAAUAAAAAAUUUUGUCUGGGUUUCGUUCUUUGUACGUCCUUCGAAGGGCAACCAAGUUAAAUAAAUUUAUCUGCGGUUUUAGUUGUCGGUUUGCUGCUCAUAGUACAACAUCGUCUAACUCUACAUAUUCACCAAGCAGUUUGCUAAUUCAAGGAACAGUAUCUCCCAUACGCAUAGGCAGAAUGGUGAACACUACUAUUUACGAUGAACCUUCCAAGUUAAAGAGAGACGAAGUACCUCAAAUGAUGGCCGCUCAAGCAGAAUCUCAGUUGGAGCACAUGUGCAAAUUGGAGUUUGAUGCUCCCGUUUCACAAAUCCGUCUAUCGGGUAUCAUCUGCACCAUUGGCCCAGCUUCUGUUAGCGUUGAAAUGCUCGAAAAAAUGAUGGCAACUGGCAUGAACAUUGCACGCAUGAACUUCUCUCACGGCUCUCAUGAAUAUCACGCUGAAACCGUGAGAAAUGUUCGCCAAGCCGCUAAAAAUUACUCUGAAAAAGUUGGCUAUGAAUACCCAGUAGCUAUUGCUUUGGAUACCAAGGGUCCUGAGAUUCGUACUGGUUUAAUUGCCGGUAGUGGAACCGCCGAAAUUGAAUUGAAGAAAAACGAAGUCAUUAAAUUGACUACUAACAAGGAUUACGCCGACAAGGGUAGCAAGGACAUCAUCUAUGUCGACUAUGAAAACAUUGUCAAGGUUGUUAAGCCUGGUAAUCGCGUCUAUGUGGAUGAUGGUUUGAUUUCUUUAGUUGUCAGCGAAGUUUCUGGCGAUACAUUGACUUGCACAAUUGAGAAUGGCGGUUCUUUGGGAUCCAGAAAGGGUGUCAACUUGCCCGGCGUUCCUGUUGAUUUGCCCGCUGUUUCGGAGAAGGACAAGUCUGACUUGAAGUUUGGCGUUGAGCAAGAAGUCGAUAUGAUUUUCGCUUCAUUCAUUCGCAAUGCUGCUGCUAUUACCGAAAUCCGUGGUGUCUUGGGUGAAAAGGGCAAAAACAUUAAGAUUAUUUCGAAGAUUGAAAACCAACAAGGCAUGCAUAAUUUGGAUGAUAUCAUUGCCGUCGGUGAUGGUAUUAUGGUUGCUCGUGGUGAUUUGGGUAUUGAAAUUCCCCCAGAAAAAGUAUUCUUAGCACAGAAGGCUAUCAUUGCUCGUUGCAAUAGAGCUGGCAAACCCGUCAUUUGCGCCACUCAAAUGUUGGAAUCGAUGAUUAAGAAACCACGUCCAACUCGCGCUGAAAUUUCCGAUGUUGCCAAUGCCGUUUUGGAUGGUGCCGAUUGCGUUAUGUUGUCUGGUGAAACUGCCAAGGGCGAAUACCCAUUGGAAUGUGUAUUAACCAUGGCUAAGACCUGCAAAGAAGCCGAAGCUGCUAUUUGGCACAAAAACUACUUCGCUGAUUUAGUAGCUGCCAACAAAUUGAGCACUGUUGAUGCUGCUCAUGCUGUUGCCAUUGCCGCUGUUGAAGCUGCCAACAAAUCAUUGGCCGCUGCCAUUGUUGUCAUUACUACUACUGGCAAAUCCGCAUACCUCAUCAGCAAAUAUCGCCCAAGAUGCCCAAUUAUUGCUGUUACUCGUUUCUCCCAAACCGCUAGACAGUCUCAUCUGUACCGUGGUCUAGUACCAAUUGUCUACAAAGAACCUCCACUAUCUGACUGGCUUAAGGAUGUUGAUGUUCGUGUACAAUUUGGUGUACAAGUUGGAAAGAAGAAUGGAUUCAUUAAAACCGGCGAUCAAGUUGUAAUUGUGACAGGAUGGAAACAAGGUGCUGGUUUUACCAACACUAUGCGCAUUGUUCCUGUUGAAUAAGUAAAGCGGAGAGUUUAUAAAACAUUUACGUCUUACAUUGGCUCUGGAAGCUAAUGAAAACUCUAUUUGAUAUCUCUGUUGGAUCACUAUUAAUCUGUACCUAAUAAAUACACACACAUAAUGCAAACAUGAAGAUGAGAACCAAAAACUAUUCUGCUUCUGCAUAAUUGUUUAGAAACAUUUAUGUACGUCAUUGGCACAAUCUAUUCUAUACAUAACUAAAUUAUUUUCUCCCCCUCAUGUAUUCGUAGUCUAAUAUAUUAUUGUGUUAAUAAACGUUCAGUUAAAUUGAUAAAA